AUGGCGGCUCCGGAGGCAUUCGUGUCUAUUCAGCUAGAAAAGGCGGAACUGUGGGACAUGAUGCUGAAUGCCUUCCUCCUCAGGAAACCAGCCAUGGCUGACGGAAUGAAGAUCCUCAUGAGUACACUGUGCCUCUGUAGGCUGAGUGACCGUGACCUCAAGGUGUCUCAUUGAGAGCUGGUGGGCAUGCAACUGCUCAUGGAAGGUGUACUUCUGAGCAGUUAUCAUAUGAUCAUGGAGUGUCCCCUAGGACAGCAAGCCACACUAGACAAAAAUACACAGCCAGAUUGGUCCAGAGCACCAGGAUUCAGAAGUCAAUUCCAGGGCAGCCCACAGGCCUCCGAGCUUCUGCGGGACCCAUGCGAUGCAGUCAUGUCCCUUACUUUGCUGAGAUCAUUUCUGGUGCUGUGGAAGCAGCUAGAAGUGCCGAAGGAGCACUGGGGCCGGCUUAAGCGGCGAGGCCAGGACACCAGUUCCUUCUCUCUCCACAAACAGUUCUCUGAGCUCCAUGGAACUGACAUUCUCUACCCCAGCAUGAAAGCUAUUGCUAGGUGGAUGGGGAAAGAAGGUGAAUUUGAAGGACUUAUAAUAAGUAGUCAGUCUAUUCUUCCCCCAAAAGGAGCUUCAGAAAUUGAAAUAAAAACUCAGUAGCUUCAGAAACUUCUGGAAAAUCUUGAAAUUCAUAUGACCCAGGAGAUAUUAAGAAAAGUUAGCAGAGAGUUAACACUGGUUGUGUCAGAAAAGUCCAAGGAGCAGUGUACUCUCCCUACAGACCUUUGGAAACACCAAGUCAUGAAAGAAAACUUUUCAGGUCGACCACAAAUAGUUGAAAAUUUUAUACAAAGAUUGAUGGAGUAUUUCCAGCACGACUCACCCAAAAUCACUUUCAGGAAAGACCAUCUCGAGGCCUACCUCCUUUCCCUGGGCUGUGAUGCGAUAGCAAGAGAACGCAGCAACUUCAAGAGCUAUUCCAUGUAUUAUGAGCACAUGUUGGAGCAUGCUAGGCAGAAACUCUGUUCAGAAGGAGCAAUUAAUGUUCCCAGAGGCCAGAACUGCGAUGGGGAAGGUGUGGGUAGGGAGUCAGCACUGCUUUCUUCUCUUCGGGAAUUAGCUAUUUUAUCAAGAGGUCAGAGGUCACCUGAAGACUAUGCUGGUCAGGUUGCUGAGCUUAGUCAUAAUAUGAUCCUUGAAAUCACUGCUCUGGGAGCUCGACUCACAGAUUUGGAAGAGGAGAAUCUGAGUCUCAAAAAUCAGAUCAGAAAAGAAGUCCCAGAGGAAUAUGAAGCCUUAGUCCAAGCUCUGUUUAUGACAUGUUUACACAUGAAAGAAAAGCUGGAUGAGAAUCAGCUCAGUUUGAUCCAGAAAUUGUGUGAGCUCAUCAGCGAAGUGAGAACAGAAGGGAUUGAUCAUAUGAAGGACCUAAAGAAACAGUAGGGCUCUGCCAUACCUGAUGAAGGAACGAAAGAAAACCCAGCCAAGGAGCAGCUGCGAGAUUUGGAGCAGGACAACUGCAGCCUGACCGCUCUGGUGUGCAAAGUGAGGAGCCUGGGCUGCCGGAGGCUGGCUGUGCAGCAGGCUCGCUUCCAGGGCCAGCUGAGGGCUGAGAAGGAUAAAAUAAUAAGUAAAAAAUCUGCUUUAAAGCAAAUCGAAGCACAUGGUUACAGUGUUUUGUGUCAUCAGCAGUUACUGGCUCUAAGGCGGGCCCUGGCCAGCGCCCAGGCUGACAGUGUGAGGAUGUGCAAGCAGCAGGGUGGCCAGGCUCAACUGCUGAAAGAGUUAGAACACAGAGUGACUCAGGAAGCUCUCCACUGGCAGCAGCUGGAUUUCCUGAAAACCUCCAGCAUGGAGAAGCUCUUGGAAGAUGUGGAGCAAAAGGAACAGCAGCUGCAGCAAAUUACUGAAGAGGCUGAGCAGGCUUCUAAACUGAGCCAGCUCCAGAGGAAGAAAAUUCAGAGAGAAGUGCGACAGAUGCGAAGCCGGCUGGCCCAGGAGCGAAGCAUGAAGCUGGACGCUUUCCAGCGUGUUGAAGAGCUACAAAGUCAGCUUAAUGACGCCACAGGAUCCUCUGUCCAGAUGAGCUCACCAGGUGGCCUUAUAUCCCGGAUUCGAUACUCUCUAAAUUCUGCUUCCACAUCAUCCAGAUACUUCCAGCAACACCUUUUAAAGACUAAUCUUAUGGACAAUAAAAUAACAAGAAGGAUUCAAAGGCCAAAGACUGUACCUAUUAAACACCAAAAAAGGACUGAUGAUGGCUUCCUACCCAAUAUGGCAGAAAAUGUUCAACUUUCAGCUUUUCAAGUUCCAACAGCUCCAUCCAGAAUCUCACUUUGA